AUGGAAGCCCGCAAGACGCAUCAACGGCACAUGGCUGGUUAUGCUGUUGGAAUGCUGUUGCAUCCAUCCAAAGGAAUCAGAGAUGAUAUUGUUAGAGCAGGAGGAAAACCAAAAGACCACAUGAAGGAGAAUGUUCGACAAUUACGGAGUGCUGAAAAGACUUAUAAACAAAAGAAAGCAGAGGAAGGAAUGCCAUCUCCACCACCAUUUAAACUAAAAGAGUUUAGCAAUGUUUUGCCUAGAAUAUCUACAAGACGACCACAAACUAAAUCUGAUAGUAUAUUCCCAAAUACUCCAGACAGCUCUCGUCCUUGUACAGCAAGCACAGAUUCGUCUAAAGGCUCUAAAAAGAACUUUAUAAACAUCAACUAUACACGAGUAAGAAGUGCAAGUAACAGUAAACCGACUACACCUGCACCUGCUCCAUCAAAUGAUCCAAAACAUAAACUCGGCCAAGUUCCUAAAUAUCUUGUCAUUAGGAAACAUCAAUGGGCACAGCAAGAAGAACAGCGAAUCAUGGCACUCGAGCAAGACAAAAUUCCCAAAGGAAUGAUGUUAUUAAAGGAUAUUGAUCGACUUCGCACAUUGCACGGGCUCAAAUCAAGACGAGAUGAACUAUUAGAUGACUUGACGCGAUUUCCAGUGAUUAUUGAACUAGCCAGCACAAAGGCACGCAAGUCAAAGAUUGAGUCAGAUUUAGUAGAGAUUGACCAAGGCAUCCAGAUUUUUUCACGGGCCAAGGUGUUUGUACCCAAGGAUGCGUUUGAGCAAACAGUUUUGGGUCAAAGAUGAUGCAAUGGACUAGGAAUGUUGAAAACUAAUUGGCCACUACUUUUGAUGAAACUAAAUAUAUAUUUUGG